AUGGCUAAUAAAAUAGACGAUAGUGACAUAUUACAGUUAUUAGAUAUACCAUCAGGAUCUGAAGAUGAUUUUGAAAGUGACGUCGAUGAUGAUCAACUAGAUUUAUAUAAACCUGUUGUAGAUAAUAGUCAAUUUUCUGAUAUAAAUAUUUCAUCCCCCUCAACAUCCACUGAACCAGUUAUUAGAAAACAAAAUGUUUCAAAUAAUAAAAAAACUAGACAAUCUAAACAAACAAUCCCAGUUAUUGCAUCAGUACCUUCUAUACCAUCAAUUGAAGUGAAAAAUGUUGUUUGGACUGAAGUAUUGGGUAAUGAUUUGAUAAAAGCUACAAUGACUUUAAAUAUAUUUGAAAAAAUUAGAGCUAACCUUCAUUUUAAUGAUAAUUUAUCAACUUCUACUGGUCCAGGCAGAGAUAAAAUACAUACAAUUAGGCCACUUAUUGAAACGUUAAGAAAAAGAUUUAGUUCUAUACCAAUUGAAGAAAACUUGGCAGUUGAUGAACAAAUAUGUAGUACAAAAGAACGAAGUUCACUCAAAGUAUAUAUGCCCAAUAAACCUCAUAAAUGGGGUUACAAGUUUUUUGUUCUUAGUGGUGCCUCAGGUAUUGCAUAUAAUUUUGAGUUUUGUUCAGGUCAAGAAAAUAAUAGUGAAAGUAGAAAAGCAAGUGAGCCAGACCUAGGUGCUAGUGCAAAUGUUGUUAUGCGCCUUAGUGGAGUUAUACCUAAUAACCAAAAUUUUAAAUUAUUUUUUGGCAAUUAUUAUCCUACUUUGCCACUGUUAGUUUAUUUAAAAAAAAGAAAUAUAUUAUCUUUAGGCACUGUAAGAAGAAAUAGGUUAAAAAAUGUAAUGUUGCCAGAUGAUUCUAUUCUAAUGAAACAACCUAGGGGCACUACUGCCCAUUGUAUAUCCAAAGUGUUAGAUACAGACAUAGUUUCUGUCAUAUGGAAAGAUACAAAUAUUGUAAGUUUGCUGUCGACAUUUACUGCUAUAGACCCAGUUGUAAAAGUAAGUAGGUUUGACAGAAAACAAAAAAAAAGAAUUGAGGUUGAUUGUCCAAAUAUAACACAAGUCUAUAACAGACACAUGGGUGGUGUUGACUUACUAGAUGAGUUACUUGGGCGUCAUAAGAUAAAGAUGAGGAGUAGGAAAUGGUACAUGAGAGUUUUCCAUCAUUUAUUGGAUGUAACUGUAGUAAAUUCUUGGCUUCUACAUAAAAUAAUUCAGAAACAGAAAGGAAAUAAUAGUGUGCUAUCAUUGGUAAAGUUUAGGGAACAACUUGCUUUAUCUCUCUGCAAAAUUGGUACCUAUACCCCAAAACGUGGACGUCCCACUAAUGAUGUACAAGAAGGAAUUAUAAAAAAAAGGUAA